AUGGAAUUUGACUAAAAAAAAGACACAGAACUUAAAUUGGCAGUUUAUAAAUUAUUGUCGGAUUCAUUUUAUGUAUAGAACUUUACUAAGGAUAUUAUUUAAUUCUUUAUUAGAAAAAUUAUUGACAUUGAACCAGCUAGUAUUUGUACUGAAGAUAUUGAAUUGUUAUAAGAAAUUGGAAAAAGUACUUAUAAAGGAGUCGAUAUGUAAGACGAUGUGAGAAGUUUUUAUUGGAAAAUUAUUGAAAGAAGUGAUGAAAUUUAACCAAAUAUAGUCGAAAUUGUUAUUAAGGCUUAUUCUGAUACUUUUAGUAAUGAUUAAUAAAAAGAAUCAAAAUAAUAAGUACUUGAAAGUUUUAAAGUUAUUGUUGAAAACAUUAGAAUUUUUAAAAAUGAACUAAAAUAAAAAUUUGGAAAUGUAAAUAUUACUGAAUAAAUGUUAGAAUAAACUAAUUCAAUUAAACCAUCUUAUAUUGAUUAAAUUAAAUCUAGAAUUGAAUUUUUAAAUUUUGUAUACAAUAUAUUACCUAAUGAUAUAAUGCUUACCUUUGAAAUUAUUUGCUCUGUUUGGGAUGCUGUUGUUAUAGAAGGUUUAAUGCAGAAAGAAAAAGAAUUAAUCUAUACUUGGUUUUCAGAAAUUAAUACUGUGAAUAAUAUUGGAAUUAAUAAUAAUAAUAAUAAUUCAGGAUUAUCAAUUAAACAUGAAGAUUUAAAAUAAUUUUUUUAUGUAAAAUUAUCUUCUAAAGAAGGAUUAGAUAGUCUUACUCCUGAAGGUUUUAACUGUUUUAAAAGCGUUUUUUGUAUAAUAAAUGAAACGGAAGGUAAAAUGAGAAAAUUUUUAAAUAAAAAUUCUCCAGUGUGUUAUAAUAAUUAUGGUAAAUCAAUUUUAUAUUCAUAUUCGAAUUAUAAUUGUAAUAAUAAUGAAGAAGAUUAAAGAAAUAAUCUAGAAUUUGACUAUAUAAUGUGCGAUAAUCCCGAAUAACUAAUCGGAAACGAAGAAUUAUGGAAAAUUAUAUUAGAGAACGAGAAUAUAGAGUUGGUAAAAAAAUCUUUGAAUUUUUUGAACAAUUUGCAUACAAAUUUCGACUCUAAUAAAAUAAAUUAGGAAGAAGAGGAACUAAUUAAAAGCCAGUAUUAUGAAAAAGUAUACAAAUACCUAUAAGAAAAUAAAGAAGAAUAGAAAAAAAUCGAAAAAUGUCUCCUGAUUUUAGAAAGUAUCCUAGAUGAAAGUGAAAAGAAAGGAAAUGGAGGUUUAAAGUCCCUUUUAUGUUUAUCUAGAGGUGAAUUAUUGACUUUUCAUUGUACGGCUUAAUUCUAUAUACAGGAUGCAGCUAAUUAAUUUACAGUGAAGAUUUACUCUAAUGAUUCUUUGACAGACUUAUUAUAUUAAAUAGGUUUAAUGAUAAAAUGUAGUUGGGAGGAAGUCUAAUUAUAUCUAGUUGAUUAGAAGAUGGAUUUAUUAGCCAAAGAUAAUGGGAGGUCAAUUAAUGAAUUGAAAAUAAAAAACGGAUCGAAAAUUUUGGUUUCUAAAAAAAGAGCUCCGGCUGUAAAAGAAGCAGCUUUAGUAUUGGAAAACUAAGAAAUUAAUCCCCUGGCAAUCCAAAUAUUCAGAGAAUGGUUCAAGUAAUUUGCCAAAGACGGUAAAAUGAAGGCUGAGGAAAUUGCCUAAUUCACAAAUUCGUGUACUAAUGAUAAUUGUCUGCCUACAGAUAGGAGAAUAGUAGCUUGCUUAUAAUAAUAUGAUAAAGAUAGUAAAGGAUAUUUAUUAGAGGAUAAUUUCGUGGAAUUCUAUUCAUAAGCUUGCAGGACUAAGCCGGAUAUCGUGAGGAAAAAUCUAGAGUCAUAUCAUUAUAGGAGAGAUUUAAAAAGAUAUGAUGAAAUAGGAAUUGAAUAGAUUAGUGUUGAAAAAUUACCGAGGUAUAUUUUAAGUUAAAAUGAGGAGUUUUUCUAAUUGCUUUUUUAACUUUUGGAUAAAUAAGAGAUUUCGUCGAAUGUAUGGAAACUUUUAAGUAGAUUGCCUAUUAAUCCGAGCCUUUUUUAGAAAUUGAGGUAGUGUGAAAAUUGGGAAAGCUUUUUAGAUAGUAGUUCGGUAUAUAAAUUGAUGUAUAAUUUACAUUUAAUGGAGUAUUUGAUGGAUUAUUAGGGGAAGGAUAGCAAUAAUAAUAAUUGGGCUUUCGGGUUUAUUAAAAGCGGGGGUUUUAAUAAUUUGUUUAUGAAAUUUUAAAAGCUUUAAUUAAAUAUUAUUUAGAGUAAUUCUUUUGAAAAAUAUAUGUUCUCGUUUAUACUUAAGAUGUUUUAAAAAUAUUUAGUGGCGGCUUUUCAGAGCGUAAAUAAUGAAAUUAAUAUAUAUAAAAUGGUUGGGAUUAUGUCUUUAGGGCAUUUAUCUUUACCUUCUUUAAUACUUUUAAUUAGGAAAAAUAAGAGAGAAGAGAAAUCUUAACUUUUAAGAAAAGAGAGCGAAAUUAAAGAUUAAUUAUUAGAAAAUGAAGCCAGGAAAUUCGAGGCUUUAGAAGAAGAUUAAUAAGAUAAGGGAAAUUCUCACGAAAAAAUAUAUAAUGAAGUGAAACCUUAGCUUGAAUAAGGAGAUGAUUUCAUAGAAUUAGUAAAGAAUAUAAAAGAGUAGAAAUUAAAUGAAAUCAUUUUACAAAAAUUCGAUUUUGACGAACUGGUGGACUAAUUAUGUUAACUUUGUAUUUAUUUUACUACUCAGGUAAAUGCUGAUAAAUUAGAGAUUGAAGAUAGAACUAUCAUUGAGUAUUCUUUUUUAUUAUUAGGAGCUAUUUUUUUAAAUAAUAAAGAUGUUUGUGAGAACUUUUUUGUAAAAAAAGAAGAGAAAUUUUAAAAAUUAUUGAUUUCUUGUCUUUUUUAUAGAUACAAUUAAAAUAUUAGGAAAAAUUUUAAUAAUUUCAUAUAUGUAUUGGCGGCUUAAAAACAUCAUUUUUUGAUAAAAUUAAUACUAAAAAUUCUAAAAAAAUAACUGCAAAAUGUUACCUAGGAAGAAAAUGCUUAAACUUCAACUUAAUAUUUCGAACUUUUUUGUUCUUUGUUGGACUCUUUGCAUGAAAAAUAAGAAAAAAGAGGUGAUUUUGACUUCCCUUUGUUAUUAAAAGAAGUUACUCAGAUUUUAAUUUCCCAUAAAACUACCGAAAACUCCCGUUUAAAGAAUAAAAACGAAAAAGUAUUAAUCGGACUUAUUAACCUUUCAGAUAGAAUAGUAAAUAUUUUAGACGUAAAAGAGAAAGAAAUUCAUGGAAAAGUACUCAUAAAUGAAAUCUUUAAUAAGUGUCUUUUCGACAAAAAUUUGAAAUGUAAAGGCGAAUAAAGCCGUAUUUCUUCCUAUUAAUUAUUAAAAUCUCUAUGUAAAGAUUGUCCUUCCAAUUUAAAUAUACUAAUAUAAGAUGGUUUAGCAAACAUACUAUAAAAACUUCCCAAUUAUAACCUAAAUAUAAGGGCAAGAGAAAUCAGAAGUGAAUGUGGAUAUGUAGGUAUUUAUAAUUUAGGUUGUAUAUGUUAUAUGAAUGCUAUGUUGUAGUAAUUCUAUAUGGUUCCGACUUUCAGAUAUGGUAUUUUAAUGGCUAAUGACGGCAAGGAAUAAAAUAUAGUACAAACAGAAUAUAAUAAGAAAUAAAUUUAAUGCGAUGACAAUGUUUUCCAUUAAUUAUAGUAAAUGUUCGCUUUUUUAGAAUUAAGUGAUAGAAUAGAUUAUAAUCCUUUAGAAUUUUGCUUUUCGUUUAAAGAUUAUAGCGGGGAGCCUGUAAAUACUAUAAUUCAAUAAGAUGCACAGGAAUUUUUAAAUAUGAUAUUUGACAAAGUCGAGAAUGCAUUAAAAGGAGGGCCUUUUGAGAAGAUUUUAGAAGGUGUUUUUGGCGGGAAGACUUGCUCUUAAUUAUAGUGUCUAAAUUGUGGACAUAAAAAGAGGAAUUUUGAAAAAUUUUUUAAUUUGAGUUUAGAAGUGAAAAAUAUGAAGAAUCUAAAUGAAAGCUUAGAUAAGUUUAUUUUGGGAGAAACUAUAUCCGAUUUUUAGUGUGAAAAUUGCUAAAAAAAAGUAGAUGUAAUCAAGAAUAUACAUUUAUCGAAAUUGCCUAACGUACUUAUUUUGCAUUUGUAGAGAAUCAUCUUUGAUUUGGAUUCCAUGUAAAAUAUUAAGCUUAAUUCAAAACUUGAAUUUCCUCAUUUGUUAAAUCUUAAGCCUUAUAUGAUGAAUGAUUUAUUAAGUGAAGAAAGUGAUUUCGAAUAUGAGUUGGCAGGGGUUGUUGUACAUACUGGAACGGCAGAUUCUGGACAUUAUUAUUCCUAUAUAGAUACUAAUAGGGGAGAAUUUUAUGGAGAUAGGACUAAUGAUGCUUGGGUGGAGUUUAAUGAUAGUAGGAUUAAGGAGUUUUCGGCCAAAAAUAUCGAAAAUGAGUGUUUUGGGGGAUAAAGUGGAGACUAGGAUGAUGGAAAUUCUUUUGGGGGAAAUAUAGGGGUUAGUUUUAACCUUUUUAGGGGUAAAGAUAAUUAUAAAAGUGCAUAUAUAUUGGUUUAUGAGAAGAAGAUCAAAAAAGAAUUAGAAUUAAUUUUUGAAAAAGAAGAAGAUUUAAAAGGAUUUAAUUUUGUAAGGAAAGUUUAAUAACAAGAAGGUGGCAAAAUAUCUAGUUUUGUGAAUUUUUAUGAAUUUUAGGAAUUUAAAGAUAAAUUAUUGAUAAAUAAUGAUAAUAAUAAUAAUAGUGGGCUUUUUUAGAAAGUAAUUAAUGAUAAUAAUACUUUUAUGCUAGAAAAAAAUAUAUAUAAUGAUAUUUUUUAUAAUUUUGUUAAAGAUGUACUUAGUUAAAUAUAACUAUCAGAUGAUUUAAUUUUAAAUUCGGAUUGUGAAAAAGAUGGGUAUUAUGUUAAUUAUAAAGAUAUUUAAGAAGAAAAAAAAUAAGAAAAUAUUAAUUUAAUUGAUAUUCAUACAAAAGUUAUUUUUGAUUUAUUUUAAAAAUCGUCAGAUUAAUAAAUUAUGUAAGAAAUGACAAAAAGAUUAAAAAUUUUAUUAAAAUUAACACCUGAAUAUGUGUACGAAUUUUUCAUUAAAAAUAUAUAACCAAGAGCUUUAUAAGGAGAUAUAAUAAAAAGUUAAGAAUAAUAAACUCGUGAGUUUUUAAGUGAAAUAUACUCUCUAUGUAUUUAGAUUAUUAUAAAUUUUAAUGACUUAAAUAUAUUGAAUCAUGAAGAAGAUUAGUAAAAAUAAAUAAUGGCGAAUAAUUUAGUGAAUUUCUUGAAUUUAAAUAUUGAAUUUUUACAUGAUUUAGCUUAAAAACAUUUAAAUAAAAUCGAAGAAUUUUUCUAGUUUUGGGGAAAUUUUGUACUUUGCGGAAAAUAAUAAUUAGAAUUUGCCUUUUAAAAUAAAUUUAUUCAUCUUUUUGUUGAUUUUUUCUUAAUGGAAGCUUCUCCUUUAAAAUACAUUAGGAAAAAAAACAUAGUAAAUUCAAAUAUGAGAUUAGAGACUCCACCAUAUAAUUCCUUAAUAAAAUUCAUUUUAUUUAUUUUGGACAAAAAAUAUAACACGAAUCAUGAAAAAAACACCCUAAAAAUGGACUUAUGUAAUGAUUUAAAAAUUGCCUUUUUUUCCAAUGCUUUUUGGGAAAGAGUAUUUACUAGCGAGAAAAUAGAAUAGCAUGUAUUAGGUAAUUUACUAGAAAAAUUCGCCUUUAAAAACCAAUUUUGUUCUGAAGUUAUUUCCUUGGCAAUUACUUCAGGCCUUUUUAGGGUCACAUAUGAUGAUUCAAAGCCUUAUGCGAAUGCUAUAUAGUAUUUCUUGUGUAUAAAAGAUGAAUAUUAACAAAAAAGACUCGAAUGGGUACUUGGAGUGCCUAUUUUAUGCAAGAAUUUCACGAAAAUAGAGACUAUGAAUAAUGAUAUAGAUGAUAGAAAAUAAAUUAUUAAUCUCUAUGGAACUUAUGGAAUGAAUUCUCUUUUAGAUUCUUUUUAUGUAUUUACGAGUUCAUUAAAUCACGAUUAAACAAAGAGUGUAUUAGAAUUAAUACAUAAUACUAGAAAAAUGUAAGAUAAUACUUGUAUUUAAUUCGUUUUGGCUAUUUUAAAUGCAGCAAAUUGUGAUUUUUAGGUUCUUUCUUAUAUUUGUUUAAUGCCUUCUCCUUCUUGUUUUUUCGGAAAAUUUGUCGAUUUGAUUUUUUAUUUCGUUUUCGAGUAUUAGGAUGAUUCUGUAAAAUAAAAAUAUAGUUAUUUUCCAAAAAAAACAUAUGCGGAUAUUUCAGUUUAGUCUGUUUUGAGUUUUUAGAAAAAAAUGGUAUAAUUUUAUAAUAAUAUGGGGAUUUAGACUGAUGUUUUUGAGG